AUGGUUGCAGAAGGAAUUAGAAAGAAAACCGAAGAAGAAUAUACUAAUGCGGAUUGGAAAAAGAUCUUUUCAAAUGCUAAAACUAUAAAUAUAGUUCAUUGUGUAUUAGAUGUAACUGAGUACAAUCGUGUUUUAGAUUGCGAGUCUGCUAAAGCAGUAUGGGACAAGGUUGAAGUGACUUAUGAAGGCACAAAUAAAGUAAAAGAAUUAAAAGCAAACUUACUGGUUCGUGACUUUGAACUGUUUGAGAUGAAACCAGGUGAAACCAUUGCUAAAAUGAGUAUUAGAUUUACUGAUCUAGUCAAUAUUCUAAAAGUACUAGGAAAAAGUUUUGAAGAAGCUGAGUUAGUGAAAAAGAUUUUGAGAUCUCUGCUGAAGUCUUGGAAAGCAAAAAGCAUAGUCAUAUUUGAUAUAAAAGAAUUUACAAGGUACUCCUAUGAUGAGCUGAUUAGAUCAUUAAUUAUCCAUGAAAUGAUAUUCAAAAAGGAGAUCAUAGAAAAAGAAAAAGGCAUAGCUUUGAAAUCAGAAAAGCUGACAGACGGUAAAAAGAAAUAUAUUACUUUAAAGAUAGACACAAGUGAGUUCUCUAGCAUAUUCAAUGAUGAAGAGGAGAUAACUAUGUUGACAAGAAAAUUUAAAAGAGUUUUCAGAAAAGGCGAAAACAAGUACAAAAGAUUUAUAAAAAAGUAUGGGCAAAGGAUGAUUCUCAAUCACAUCUUCACAAAGAUCCAAAAGAAGUUAUUUGCUAUGAGUAUAACAAAUCCGGUCAUAUCAGACCCAAUUGUCCAAAAAUCAAAAAGAAGAAAAAUGAAGAUAAAGGAAAGAAAGUUAUGGUUGCAGUUUGGGACGCAACUAAUGAAAGUUCAAGUGAUGAACAAUGAAAUUGAUCUCUAUUGUAUGGCUCUUGAAGAAGAAGUUGUUGAAUCUUCAAAAGAAGAAGACAUUGAGGUAAUCAAAUCUGAACAAUCUAAUAUAGAAGAGUUAGAACUUGUUUUUGCUAAAGUUUAUGAUGAAUAUAAGAUAUAUAAAAGAAAAUGUGCAUCAUUAAAACUUGAAAAUAUAUCAUUGAGGUCUAAAAAUAUUUCUCUGAAUAUGGUUCUGAAAGAAAAUGAAUUUUACAAAGUUCAAAUAAUUUUGUUCAAUAAUCUGAAAAAAGAGUUAGAAAUUUCAAAAUAA